UCGCGCGGCCGUCGGGGUGACCGCGCGGCCGAUGCGUGGCCACAACGGCCGACCACGACGGAAUCCCUUUGGUGGUCCAAGGUGGCCACCAUCUCCAGCCACCAUGUCGUAACAUGAUGGGUUACAACAGUCAAGGCCACGGUUACAACAAAUUGUUCGCUCAGAUUAAUUUGUGCAUUAUAAAUAUGGUGGGCAUGUGUGUCUGAUUUUUCUUGUGCGUUGCAUGCAGUGGGCGUUCGCGCACGUCAAAUGAAAAACUACAAGCCGCUGGGCUCAGCGGAUUCAAACUAUUCACAACCAUCUUCAGAGCUGUCGCUGGACGAGGAUCGGGAGGCCCAGAGACGGGAGAAGGAAGCCCAGGCCCUGCUGCAGCUGGAUAAGGCGAGGUCGAAGCCGGUUGCCUUCGCAGUGCGCACCAACGUUGCCUACGAUGGAACCAUUGACGAUGAUUCACCGGUGCACGGCAGCGCUAUAUCCUUCAAGGAGAGGGACUUCCUGCACAUUAAGGAGAAAUACGACAACAACUGGUGGAUCGGUCGCAAGGUUGAAGUGGACGCAGACGUGGGCUUCAUUCCGUCCCCGGUGAAGUUGGAAGCGGUCCGUUCGGGGCUCGGCAGGGGCCGGUACCCGCGACCAACUUCCGGCUUGGCCCCAAACCCCUCGCAGACGCUCCCCAGCCGAGGUAGCACUCCCCCCACGCCCGAUACGCCACACGACAGAGGAGAGGACUCGGAUACAGCCGGGCGAGGGCGUGGCGCUGGGGCGUUACCUACGGGUAAAGAAAAACGAAAGCCUUUCUUCAAGAAGCAGGAGGCUUGCACGCCAUACGACGUAGUGCCUUCGAUGAGACCCGUGGUUCUCGUGGGACCUUCGCUGAAGGGUUACGAGGUCACAGACAUGAUGCAAAAGGCUCUAUUUGACUUUCUCAAACGGAGGUUUGAGGGAAGGAUAAUAAUAACGCGCGUGAUGGCGGACAUUUCGCUCGCAAAACGAUCCUUACUCAACAACCCGUCGAAGCGAGCGAUCAUGGAGCGCUCGAACUCCCGUUCCACCUGUCUCGCCGAAGUGCAGACGGAGAUCGAGCGGAUAUUCGACCUGGCUAGGACGUUGCAGUUGGUAGUUUUGGACUGCGAUACGAUUAACCAUCCCUCACAGCUCGCGAAGACCUCGCUAGCCCCGACCAUUGUGUACCUGAAGAUAUCUAGUCCUAAGGUUUUACAACGAUUAAUAAAAUCCCGCGGGAAGGGGCAAAGUAAGAACCUGUCGGUGCAAAUGGUUGCUGCCGAGAAACUGGCUCAGUGUCCCAAUGAGAUGUUUGAUCUCAUCUUGGACGAUAACCAGCUCGAGGAUGCGUGCCAACGCAUCGCGGAUCAUUUGGAAAAUUAUUGGAACGCAACGCAUCCGCCCGUCGCGGCCGCCGCCCCUCGCCCCGCACCUCACCCCUCGCACGCCGCAACCCCUCACGCCCAGCCUGAACCCCCUGCUCACUCUGGAGGUCACCGGGAGAGGUCCGACUCCUAUAAUUACGAGAGGGAGAGAGGUGCCAGAUCACGGGCGGCCCGACCGGAGCGCCUCGAAGAGGAGUACUACCCCCGCGAUCAAUACCACCGGUAUCCGCGGGAAUAUCCGCGAGAUCGCGACUAUCACGAUGGAUAUUCCCACGACUACCGAGCGGACGAGGCCUACGGUCACGAUUACACGAGGGAGUACGGCCGCGACUACGCCAGAGAGAGCUAUCCCCGCGAAGAGCGAAGUGCCAGACCGCGCGAACGCGAUCCGCCGGAGGACUACGGGCCGUCGAGACGCGCUCUCAACGCCCUCUAGCCCCUGCCUCGUGUCUCUGCACCGUAUCCGGACCGUUCGGCGAAGAAGCUCUCGGUGGAAGAUGUCGUCUCCCGCGUCGUGGGGCUCGCGAUGCGCGGGUGUGUCGAAGGAUUAUUGUUUUGGACCGCUUGGCCACUCUCAUCUCUUAGUACCCGCCUUAAUAGCACCGAUAUCCUUGCAACUCAUCGAGCUACGAGAUUUUACGUCGAUACACUUAUGCACUUUCAUCGAUGAUAUUAUUAAUUAAUUGUAAAUAUAGAUAGGCCCGCCGGUCGAGGGGCGUUCGAGCUCUCUAUCGAGGCGAUAGACGUUCGGGGAAUCCCAGAGGCUUCGGUGGGAUACGGUGCGGAGGACGCACGCGGUGCUUACGGACCGGUUGUUUUGCCAUUUUGUGUAAUUUUCAGAGAUUUUGAGUAUCCGUUUUCGCGCAUAAAGACGCUGUUUCGAUUUCCUGAGCUUUGGUGGCUUUGAGAACGGAACGAAGCCGGCUUCUUGGAUCUAUAUAUGUUGUGAUUAUUUAUGCUAUUGCUAGCUAAUAAUUUUCGUUCGGCGAUGUAGAUGUUGAUUUUAAGUAUUUAUAUUUAAAAAUAAUUCUAAAUAGUAGAAUUGGAGUAUAUUUGUAAAAAAUACGUUGCGUUUAAUAGUAAUUUAUUCAAAAUAUUGCAAGUUAAAGUCCUUGUAAAAAUAUGGACCAAUUCCCUGUUCCAUAAUUUGUUCUGUUUUCCUAAUAAUGUAAAAUAAUUAAUUGACUUUGCUAGGAGGCCAACAGACGGCUUUCUGGGCUUCAGUUUUUGGUGUAAAUGAUUGUGUCGUGAAGAGAUAUAGAGAGGUGCCGUCAUAGUAUAUCAUAAUUUGCGAGUUAAAACACUAGAAAGCGGUCAUAACAACUACGGUACGGUACGGUACUAUUAAAGGUAUAAAUACCAGCGCUGUACAGUCUAUGAACUGAUAUGUUUAAAUUCCCGUAUUAUAAACAUUAGUACUUUGAUUCGUCAAUUUAAUUAUAGCAUCUGCGAUAAAUUUCACGUCUUAUUUUACAAUACUUGCAAAAAUUUACAGUUGUUAAAUUCCGAAGGUAGUUCAAGAAAAUUUUUGUGUUUGUCGCGGAGUGUCAUAUGAAUUAUUUUCCUAUACGUUUGUGCUAGUAGAUUGUAUACGUAUGGAAUUGUCUAACGUUAUUGACAGCUCUAUGGCGGCACCGUAAGGUACGAAUCACGUCUGUAUAAAUACUGAAUUAUCUCUAGUGCCGUUAGAUAUUAUCUAAUACCCAUUUUUUGGACAUACUCUUGUAAUUAUAAUGCAUCGUCUGUACUUCAUUGUUGCAAUCAUUUGUAAAUAAAAUACUUUAUAUCGA